AUGUUCCAGAGCUGUCGGCGCAUUACACAUCGUACACUUUUUCAGAAUGGCCACGAUCUGAUGCAUUUUACCGCAGUUCAAAUAAAUUUUUCUUCUUCUUCUUCUUCUUCUUCUUCUUCUUCUUCUUCUUCUUCUCCUCCUCCCUCCUCCUUCGAUCAUUUUUUUCUAAUCCCCUAUUGCUUUUGUAUUUUUCUUAAACUUUCUUUCUUUCUUUCUUUCUUUCUUUCCAAUGAUCGCCCUUUACCUUUUUUAGACAUUUCUAUUCCACCUUUCUUUCUUUCUUUCUUUCUUUCUUUCUUUCUUUCUUUCUUCUGUCUGUCUGUUUUAUUCUUUCUUUCUAUCUUUCAGUCUGCCUAUCUGUCUAUUUUCUUCUUUCUAUCAGUCUCUUUUUUUUAUCUAUCUAUCUAUCUAUCUAUCUAUCUAUCUAUCUAUCUAUCUAAGCUUUCUUAUCUAUCUAUCUAUCUAUCUAUCUAUCUAGCUAAGCCUGUUCAUUAUCUAUCUAUCUAUCUAUCUAAACUUAUUUAUUUUCUACAUCUGAAUCUAUCUAAGCCUGUUCAUUAUCUAUCUAUCUAUCUAUCUAUCUAUCUAUCUAUCUAUCUAUCUAUCUAUCUAUCUAUCUAUGUUUAUUUAUUAUCUAUCCCUCUAUCUAAUCCUGUCCAUUAUCUAUCUAUCUAUCUAUCUAUCUAUCUAUCUAUCUAUCUAUCUAUCUAUCUAUCUAAACUUAUUUAUUUUCUACCUCAGAAUCUAUCUAAGCCUGUUCAUUAUCUAUCUAUCUAUCUAUCUAAGCUUUCUUAUCUAUCUAUCUAUCUAUCUAUCUAUCUAUCUAUCUAUCUAAGCUUUCUUAUCUAUCUAUCUAUCUAUCUAUCUAUCUAUCUAUCUAUCUAA